AUGACUUCAUCUCAGCUCCUGCCUCGCGGCGGCCCCGCAGGCAAACCUGCUCCUCCAGGUAAACCUGCUCCUCCAGGCAAACCUGCUCCUCCAGGCACACCUGCUUCCUCAGGCAAACCUGCUUCCUCAGGCAAACCUGCUCCCUCAGGCAAACCUGCUCCUCCAGGCAAACCUGCUCCUCCAGGCAAAUCUGCUCCUCCAGGCAAACUUGCUCCUCCAGGCAAACCUGCUCCUCCAGGCAAACUUGCUCCUCCAGGCAAACCUGCUCCUCCAGGCAAACCUGCUCCUCCAGGCAAACCUGCUCCUCCAGGCAAACCUGCUCCUCCAGGCCUGUCUCUUAUACACAUCUAG